AUGCACGGAAAGAAACAAUUCCACAUCCCUGUUGCUCUUAGUCGUUGUAUGCUAUUUAAUCCUCAUCAAGGGCUUCAUAACAUGAGCUUUCCACCAGUUUUAAACUCGAUCAGUAACGUGAACAUCAAAUCUCAUCAUGGUCGUACACAGCAAGUUGGAUAUUUCAUGUGCCAUAAAAUUCUAUACGGCGUAACUUCAGUAUCUCCUGAGCAAUGA